GAUGCAUCCAAGUGGUAUCGAAGAGAGGACUGUGGCCGUUGCCACUCCCACGAAACAGUGAGAAAAACUGCACUGGCUGAAAUUCCUUCUGUUAACUACUUCAGGCCUAGCCCUGCAACAUGGAGCCUCGGCAGCUGGUGCCCUUGCAGCCCGAACCGAGUUUUCUCCGCGACGCCAAGCAGAACAUGGCUGAGCUCUCCCUGUGGACGGUGGUGGCCGCGAUCCAAGCCGUGGAGAGGAAAGUGGAUUCUCACGCCACGCGGCUGCUGAACCUGGAGCGCAGGAUGAUGACGAACGAGAAGAAGUACGUGGACUGCGAAAACGCAGUGGUGGACUUUGGCAACCAGAUGGAGUGCAAGUUGACCGCUCUGGGGACCCUGAUCCAGGAGUACGGGUUGCUGCAGAGGCGGCUGGAGAACAUGGAGAACCUGCUGAAGAAUCAGAACUUCUGGAUUCUGAGGCUCCCGCCAGGCACCAAAGGAGAAACGCCCAAGGUGCCUGUGACCUUUGAGGACAACUCGGCCUACUUCUCUGAGCAGGAGUGGGGCAACCUGGAGGAGUGGCAGAAGGAGCUCUACAAGAACGUGAUGAAGAGCAACUACGAGUCCUUGGUCUCACUGGACUACGCCAUUGCUAAACCUGACCUUCUCUCGCGGAUCGAGCAAGGCAAGCGUCCCUAUGAGGAAGGGGAGGAAGAAGAGGCCUCCAAAGGGAGGGAGAUUUCGGCAGAAUCCAGCCCAGAAGCAUUGGUUUUUAGACCGGGCCUGACCUCCCAGAUGGAAGGGGUAGAAAGUGUACAAGUCGGUGAAGACCAAGAGAAAGCUGAAGCAAAGCCCACCUCAAGUGACCUCAGUGUUGACUACGGGCUUGCGGCUUCCUCUUUCGGCUCCCAAAUAAAACGGGAUGAAGACGCGAACCCCGAAGGCCCAGAGGUCUCUGAAGGAGGUGAACUGCACGCCAAGCCGAAUACGGCUCCCUUGAGACAGAAGGUAUUGAAGAAGCCCAAGGAAGAAGAGGUGGCCCCCACAAUCCUGGAGACCUGGAUUCCCGUGGAAGCCUCCCAGGAGACCCCCCUUCUGGUCAAAGGCUCCCUCUGCCCGGAAAUGUGGCUGAGGUCUCCUCCUCCUCCGGGAGCGGAAGGCAGGGCGUUCAUCCCCCUGGAAGCUGGCCUGGCCCAGUGGCCGAAGCAGGGGGAGGCCCGCCUCCACGACUGUCCUGACUGUGGGAAGAGCUUCAGCCUCCCACUUGGUCUGCAGGACCACCAGCGGAGCCACGCCGCCCUCCUGACCUCUGCGGGUAGCCGUUUGGCCUCUCCUGGAAACGAGGGGCUCCUGGUCCAUGCUCUGGGCUGCCAGCCGGAGAGCGGGGUGGAGCGUCACUCGCCAUCCUCGGCGGAGGAGCGGGACUGGUCCUGCCCGUGGUGCCAGCAACGCUUCCGCCUGCGGGUCAACCUCCUGAUCCACGAGAGCAGCCACCUGGAGGCGGCCUCGGAUCUGAGUGGCAAGGACCGCCUGGCCUGCCGCUUCUGCCCCCGGCGCUUCGGCCGCUCAGACCACCUGCUGCGCCACCAGAUGAGCCACACGGGGGCCCGGCCCUACCAGUGCUCGGCCUGCGAGAAGAGCUUCACGGACAAGAGCAAGCUGACCAACCACUACCGCACCCACACGGGCGAGCGGCCCUUCCGCUGCUCGGCCUGCGGGAAGCGCUUCAUCCGGCGGCACCACCUGGCCAAGCACCAGCGCACCCACACCCGCGAGCGGCCCCACCAGUGCCCCCUCUGCCUCAAGCGCUUCAUGCAGAAGCACCACCUCCAGAAGCACGUCCGGACGCACACCGGCGAGAAGCCCUACAAGUGCAGCCACUGCCCUAAGGCCUUCUCCACCAAGCAGCGCCUCCUCCAGCAUUGCUGUGCCUCCGGGGCGGCCAUGACAGCGGCCACCCAAGGCCAUGCCCUCUGACCUUUGCCCUCCCGUCCGCCUCAUGGCCCUGUGCAGGUGGGCUGGCCUGCCAUGGUGGUGGCCCCUUUGGUUGGAGACAUUUUGCUGCAAAAAGUCACAACAAACGCUUGGGUGUGGUGUUGACUGUCAGAGAAAUUCCAAAUCCCCAAGCAAUGGAUUCCUUGGAGAACUUGCUGGAGAACCUCAACCAGGGUGGUGGCCCCCAUUGGUUGGUGACAUUUUGCUGCAAAAAGUCACAAGAAACGCUUGGGAGUGGUGUUGACUGUCAGAGAAAUUCCAAAUCCCCCAAGCAAUUGAUUCCUUGGAGAACUUGCUGGAGAACCUCAACCAGGGUGGUGGCCCCAUCAGUUGGUGACAUUUUGCUCCUAAAGGCUUGUGAAAAGUCACAACAAACAGUUGCGUGUGAUGCUGGCCGCAAGAAAAAAUCCAUAUUAUAUCACUAUAUUCAGCUAACCAAAAAGUGGCCAGAAAUCCCAAGCAAGGGGUUCAGUCGAGAACUUGAUGGAGUGCCUCAACUGAGUUGAUAGUUGGGCAUGUUUUGCUUGAAAAGGUUGCGAAGCUCAAACAGUUUGUUGAAAUAAUCCAUAUUGUCAUGAUACUAUUGUCUUAAGCCAACCAAAAAGGGACACAUUGGUGUUGCAAAUCCCAAGAAAUUGAUUCCGUUGGGAACUUGAUGGAGAACCUCAACCAAGGUGAUGAUCGCUUUGAUCAAGGACCAAUGAACGGUUGGGUAUUACAUUGACAAUAAGGAAAACAAAUCCAUAAUAUGACACUAUGGUAUAUUAAGCCAACUGGAAAGGAGCAGUGCUGUUGUUGGAAAUCCCAAGUGAUGGAAUCAGUUGGCAACUUGGUGGAGAACCUCAACAUUUCUGUAAAUUCCAAGAUGGUGGCUCUUGUACAGUGUCUUGGUUGCAUUCUGAUGGUCUGAAAAACAAUCCCACUUGCGGUGGAAAAAGCAAUAUGGCCCCACAGCAUGGAUACAUCAUACAUAGGACUUCCUGACACAAAGGACUACUAAACAGGCGAGGUAUAAAUUAACGGUGCUUCUUGGAGACCAAGACUGGUCGGUCCUUGGAGGGAAGACUGGUGAACGGACUCAUCUUUCAACAUGGCGGCAAAAAGGGUUCAGUGGUUCUCAACCUGGGGUCCCCAGAUGUUUUUGGCCUUCAACUCCCAGAGAUCCUAACAGCUGGUAAACUGGCUGGGAUUUCAGGGAGUUGUAGGCCACAAAAACAUCUGAGGACCUCAGAUUGAGAACCAGUGGUCUUAAUGGUGCUUUGUACUUGUGUUGAGAAAUGUCUUGUGAAGGAAUGUAAAUAUUAUUAGAGCUGGAAAGUCGCUACCAGUGAAACCAACCAUAAAGGACGUGACAUUAGGACUCAACGGGGUGGUGGCAUCUUGUGCCUAGUUUGGGGGUGCCUUCCCAUUGGGACACAGUAGUCAAUAGAGGUUGGGGUGGGACUUUAGGGGGAAGAGGUGGAUAUAUAAGCCUUAUUAUUUUGGUUCUUGUUGACACACGUGGAAUCCAAUCAUGUCCUCAGAAGAUGGCUUAGUUGGAGAGGGAUUCUGGAAGACGUCGUCCAGAAAUGCCCAGCUCUGCUGAUGUCCAUGCUUAGGACCAUAGCAUGGGGGGAUGUCCUGGGACAAAAACUGGAGCCCAUCACAGCCUCGCUCCUCCGACUUCUACAAUUUGUUGUUGUUGUUGUUGUGCAUAUUGGCUCAAUCCACAGUACAUUUAUUUCCUCAAGGCGUUCGUUCCUCAAGAUGGACCGAAACAACGUUUUGCAGGGCCGGGCCUCUCCUCGGGUGCCUCUUUACCCUUUUCGACUCCUAUGAUGUACCUUCUUGAUUGAAGCAGUUUCGUGUAGAUGUGCCUGGGCGCAAGUGCGGGAGGAGGAACAGACCUUUCCAUUUGGGGUGUUGGG